AUGUUCAAAUUAACCCAACGUCUGGCUACUGCUACUCGUACUGCAACUCCUCUAACCUCAGUGACUCGUCAAGCCUUCAAACGUAACUAUGCUGCUUUAACUUAUUCUGUGCCUACGGCUCAUGAGGCUCCUUCUUCCUUGCAAGCUUUUACGGAAGAAGAACUCAUGUUGAAAGAAACUGUAUCUAGAUUUGCUCGUGAAGUUGUACAGCCUCAAGUUCGUGAAAUGGACGAAGCUGAAGUGAUGAAUAAAGACAUUAUCAAAUCCAUGUUUGAGAAUGGAUUUAUGGGCCUUGAAACUCCCGCGGAAUAUGGUGGUGCUGAAUGUUCGUUCACUGCUGCCAUCUUGGCUGUAGAAGAACUUGCCAAGAUUGAUCCCUCUAUCAGUGCUUUGUGUGAUAUCCAUAAUACGUUGACCAAUACUGUGAUUCGUAAAUGGGGCACACCUGAACUGAAAGAAAAAUAUCUCACCCGUCUUGCUACCGACACUGUGGGCAGCUUCUGUAUCUCUGAGGCUGGAGCUGGUUCUGACGCAUUUGCUCUCCAAACACGUGCUGAAGAUAAAGGUGACCACUAUCUUUUGAACGGUGGCAAGAUGUGGAUCUCUAACUCUGCCGAAGCCGGCAUUUUUGUCAUUUUUGCCAACGUCGAUCCUUCGAAAGGUUAUAAGGGUAUCACUGCUUUCGUAGUAGAAAAGGAAUGGGGUGUUGAAAUUGCCAAGAAAGAAAAGAAACUCGGCAUCCGUUCCUCCUCCACCUGUGUCCUUAACUUUGACGAUGUAAAGAUUCCCAAAGAAAACGUUCUGGGUAAAGUGGGUGAAGGAUACAAAUAUGCCAUUGAUUCCUUGAAUGAAGGUCGUAUUGGUAUUGCUGCUCAAAUGAUCGGUUGUGCUCAAGGUGCCUAUGAUAUUGCUUUGCCUUAUAUGAUGGAACGUAAGCAAUUUGGACAGGCUAUUGGUAGUUUCCAAGCCAUGCAACAUCAAUUUGCUGAGGUGGCUGUAGAAAUUGAAGCAGCCAAGUUGUUGACAUACAAUGCAGCUCGUUUAAAGGAGGAAGGAAAGCCUUUUGUUAUGGAAGCUGCCAUGGCUAAAUGGAAGGCUGCUAAGGUCGCCGAAAAGGCUUCAUCUUAUGCGGUUGAGUGGAUGGGUGGCAAUGGUUUUGUGAGAGAAACGGGUGUAGAGAAAUUCUACAGAGACGCUAAAAUUGGUUCUAUUUACGAAGGCACAAACAACAUUCAACUACAAACCAUUGCAAAAAUUAUUGGCACUAAAUACAAAUAA